GGCACUCUACAGUACAGACUUGUCAGUUGGUUAUACUGCCAACAACCGGCAUUGAAAAGUAAUUUAGUGUAUUUAGGCUGUUUGACAGUUAUUUAAGACCGUUUAUAUACCGUAUUUAAAUAUGUAAGGCCAAGUAAUUACCUCGCUGUUGCUACCACCUGAGAAGUCUGGAUCGGUUAAGAGAUAGAAUACAUAUGCUACCCGGUUGCUAGCAUGCUACAGUUAGCAUAGCUGCAUGCUAACGUUAGCGUCGCUGGGACAACGUGAACAACAUAUUUAUUGAGUAUUUCUCUUAGAGUGGAGUUUCUUUUUACAGUUAGCCAAUCAUGAAGUGUCACUAUGAAAUCUUGGGUGUAAAACGAGACGCAGGAGACGAUGAUUUGAAGAAAGCGUAUCGUAAAUUAGCGUUGAAAUGGCAUCCAGAUAAAAAUCUGGACGAUGCUGAGGAAGCAGCGGAGCAGUUCAAGCUGAUUCAGGCAGCUUACGAUGUCCUGAGUGAUCCUCAGGAGAGAGCUUGGUAUGACAAUCACAGGGAGGCUCUUCUGAAAGGAGGCAUAAGUGGAGAUUAUGAAGAUGACAGCAUUGACCUGCUGCAGUACUUCACAGUCAGCUGCUUCUCUGGAUACGGAGAUGAUGAGAAGGGCUUUUACACAGUUUACAGGAAUCUCUUUGAGUCCAUUGUAAAGGAGGAGAUGGAGCACAGCAAGGUGGAAGAUGAGGAUGAUGAGGAGGAGUUUCCUCCCUUUGGAGACUCUGAGAGCGACUAUGAUACCGUGGUGCAUGUGUUUUACGGCUACUGGCAGAGCUUCUGCACUCGUAAAAACUUUGCCUGGAAGGAGGAAUAUGACACGAGGCAGGCCUCCAACCGCUGGGAGAAAAGGGCCAUGGAGAAGGAGAACAAAAAGACCAGAGAAAAGGCUCGAAAGGAGCGCAACGAGCUCGUGCGACAACUCGUUGCUUUUGUUCGCAAGCGUGACCGGCGCGUGCAGGCCCACAGGAAGCUGGUGGAGGAGCAAAACGCUGAGAAGAUCAAGAAGGUGGAGGAGCUGAGGCGGAAGCAGAAGCUCAACCAGGCAAAACUGGCAGAGGAGUACAAGGAGCAGAGCUGGGCGGCCAUGUCUGAACUUGAGAAGGAGCUGCAGCAGAUAGAGGCUCAGUACGGAGAGGAGUUCGGAGAUGCAUCAGAGAGUGAGGAAGAAGAGCUGGAUAUGGACACACGGGAGAAGAACUGUGAAGAAGGAGAUGCAGAGCAGCCUGAUGGAGACGAACUGACAAUCGAUGAUUAUUAUGAUGGUCUGUACUGCCCAGCCUGUGACAAAUCCUUCAAAUCAGAUAAAGCAAUGAAAAACCAUGAAAAAUCCAAAAAGCAUCGGGAGAUGGUGGCGUUGCUGCGGCAACAGCUGCAGGAAGAAGAGGAGUCACUUGGUUUGAACGUGGAUGAAAAGGAUGGACGAGAGGAAGAAAAUGGGCAAGAAGAGGAGGAGGAGGAGGAAGACGAGGAGGAAGACAAGCCAAGGCAAAAGCUGUCCAAAAAGCAAAAGAGGAAAAAGAAACAGCAGAAAGUAGUGCAGCAGAGUGCACCAGAGGAGGCGGAGGAGGAGGAGAAACCAAAGCCCACCACCUGUGAGGAAGAAGCCCCAGAGAAGUCAGAGAACACUACAGAGCCUGAGACGCAGGAUGAUCCUCCUCCCACAGAAGUCAGUCAGAAGAGCAGCUCGGGGAAGACGAAAGGAAAGAAGGCUGGAGGAAAAGACAAGCCAAAGAAUGUCAAGUCAAACACAGGAGGAGAACAGAUCACUGAGAAGGAAGUAAACCUCCGCUGUGUGACCUGCAACAACGAGUUCUCCACAAGAAACAAGCUGUUUGAUCAUCUGAAGACCAGCGGCCACGCCACUGCUGUCACCUCAAACGCUACUCACAGCUCCAUGAGCAAGAGCAAGAAAGACAAAAAGAAGAGCAGAUAACACAUCUUCAAAUGGGCGGACAAACCUGGAAGAGUGUGACUUGGCAGAGACACAGGAAACCACGGAAAAUUAAUUAAAAGAAAAGCCUGUGAGAGUGGACUUUUAACGGACUGUUUGGCUGACAGAGAGCAUUUAGGUUUUUUUUUUAUUUCACAAUAAUCCUGUUCAGUGAGACAGUUAUGAAUGUGUGAGUGCUUGAGACUAUUUUGUCGUAUGAGUCUUCCAGAUUGCCAUGAUUGAAACUUACCUUUCCAAGCAAUUUAUGAACAUCUCUGCACUGAGAAACCAGUAAAGACAACCCAUACAGGAUGUGCACAGUACACACCUUUAUCCCUGUUAUCAUCAGAUUCUCUAACGUUUUGGCAUUCAUCCCUCAUGGUUGGCAUGAAGAGCUCUGUAGUAUUACUGCAUCAUGAAAAUAAAAAACUGCACGUUGGUAUUUAUACAACAA